CUCCGGCGUUUGGAGAGGACAGAAUAACGAACGUGGACGAUUCUUUUGAUCGGAUGUGCGGCGGGAUUGAAGACACUUCGGGAACAGGCGCAUGGGGGCAUGGCCACCCUGUGGAUGGGCGACUUGGAACAGUAUAUGGACGAGACUUUUAUCAAGCAAGCCUUUACUGCAAUGGGUGAGCCAACUGUUAAUGUGAAAAUCAUUAGCAACAGAAUGACUGGAACACUCGCAGGAUAUUGCUUUGUGGAAUUAGCUGACCAAACUGCAGCUGAUCGUUGUCUUCAUAAACUAAAUGGGAAGCCUUUGCCAGGUUCAAAUCCGCCCAAAAAAUUCAAGUUGAAUUAUGCAACCUAUGGAAAAAAAGCAGAUGUAGGCCAGGAAUAUUCCAUAUUUGUGGGCGAUCUCUCUCCUGAAGUUGAUGAUUUUCACCUCUAUGAUUACUUUGUGAAAAAAUAUCCAUCUUGUAGAGGUGGAAAAGUGGUGACAGACACAUCUGGAAACUCAAGAGGUUUUGGGUUUGUCAGGUUUUCUGAUGAAGCAGAACAGAAAAAAGCUUUGGAAGAAUGUCAGAACAGCAAAGGAUUAGGAGGAAAGCCGAUCCGAAUAAGCAUAGCAGUACCUAAAAGUGUGAAGACCAAGCCAGAAUACCAAUCAACUGCUACUUACAACUAUACACAGUACUAUCAGCAAUAUUACUCUCAAUGGGGCUACGAUCCCUAUGGCAGCUACAGCUAUGGGUACCCACAAUAUAGCAGCACUGAAACACCACCAGUAACCUCUUCCCUGAUCACAGAAAUGACACAACUGCCUGAGUUUCAGCAGAAUUCCAUAAUUCCUGAUGAAACUGAAGAGGAGCCAGUGGAAGAUCCAGAUCCCAAGUUGGAUAUUGAUGAAGUUAACAAACAAUUCAUGGAACAAAGUGAAGAACUAUAUGACUCUUUAAUGAAUUGUCACUGGCAACCCCUGGAUACAAUCACAUCAGAGAUUCCCACUGCAGUAUGAAGUAAUUGAGAAAUGCUAUUUCAAUUUCUGUAUGUUGAGCAGAUUGACCUUGUGUCUUUCAAAAUAUAUUGAAAAUAAACUGCAGUAAAAUUUUGUUUUUUUUAAACCUUGACAUGCCCUACUAAAUCUAUUUCCAAUGUACAUGUAUUUACUUCCUGUCUUUUUUUAAAAAAAGUAAUUCCAUUUGAUCAUAAAACAAAUGGCAAAAUGUGUUUUGAGGAAAAAGUCAAGUUUUUUGCUGCUAACAUCUAUCAGAAAUAGAAUAGAAGGUUUUAUCUAUAGAGAAUGGUUCCAUACUACACUCAAUAGUCCUUUUUAAUUGUAAAGGCUAUGGCUUAUUCAUUUUUUUGAUUGUGAACCAGUUAAAAUGAAAAGUUGUUUUUUUUUUU